UAUUCUUUUAUAGUUCGCGAAGAAGAAAAGUGACAAAUUUGCCAUGUCCUAGUAGUCUCUGGAGUGGAGAAAAUCACCACUCACGUAUGGCGACUUCCCCUUGUGCUCUUAUCACCAUGACCCAUUUAUCCAAAUCCCAUUCCGCAGCCAGUAAAACGAGUUCCUCCACGCCUUGCUUUCAAAAACUUCCAUCUUUCCACAGUGAAACACGAAAUCUCAUUUCCGUAAAUCUUACGGGGUGCUGCAAAAUUCCUGUUUUGGGCAGAACUUGCUGGAAUUGCAGAAAAAGUUUCAAUUUUUCAGCACUGUCUUCUUCGUCCGGCAACUGGGUGGAGGUAGAGAUUGACCGAAUUCCCAACGGAUACCAAAAUGAGGAUGAACUGAUAGUAGUUAAUUUUUACAGAUUCGUGUUUGUAGAAAACCCUCGAGAGGAGGUUUCUAAACACCUCGCUUUCAUGCAGGGGCGGGAUAUACAUGGUCGUAUAUACCUGAAUGAGCAAGGGAUUAAUGCUCAGUACAGUGGGCCGUCUAAAGAUGCACUAGCAUAUGUUGAAUGGGUUAGGGAAGACGACAGGUUUUCUGACAUAUUGGUUCAGAUAUCUCCAGCUAUAAAUGGCCAUGCAUUUCCAAAAUUGAAGCUGCGUUAUAAGCCAUCACUCUUGGAAGAGGGUACUUCACAUCUACCUUUGCUUGAUCUGUCAGUGAGAGCUACACCUCUUACACCAUCUGAAUGGAGGAACAGGCUGGAAGCAGUUAAUAGGACUGAUAACUCAUUGAGUAGAAAGAACACCAAGAUCAUUCUACUCGAUGUGAGAAAUGCUUCAGAUCCUUUAGCGGCAGUUGAUAAAGAGAACACAGAUAUAUUGAUGUACUGUACAGGAGGAAUUCGCUGUGAUGUAUACUCAACAAUGCUUAGGCAGCACGGUUUCAAAAGACUGUAUACUUUAAAGGGAGGUGUCUCUCAUUACCUCGAAAAUGAAGGUUGUGCUGGAUGGAUUGGCAAUCUUUUUGUAUUUGAUUCCCGCCUUUCUCUACCACCAUCAACCUACAAUCGUGAAAUCUGUGCUGAGGCAACUGGAAAAAGGUCACAUUUGCUUCAGUCAUUUGCUAAAUGCUACAUAUGUGAGUCUCAAGUAUCUGAGUUGAGGCACCGAAAUUGCGCCAAUCUGGAUUGCAACUUGCUCUUUCUGUGCUGCUUGAAAUGUGUGGAUGGUUUGAGAGGGUGCUGCUGCAUUAAGUGCACAUCUGCAGCUCGGCUUAGACCCGUGCUGCAAGGGCACCAGAGAUACGACAAGUGGCAUAACUAUCGACAUCUCGAGUCGAAAGUAAAUUCGAUGCCUUGAAUUUCUCUUUACACAUUUGCAGGAAGUAGUUUUUUUUUUUUUUUUACCUGUUCAAUGAUUUUGAGUUCAUGUACGGAUUGAAGUGAGGAACUUGUCCUGAGUUUUAUCUAAGUGUUGAGUAGCUCCCAGAAAGGCGUGUAUGUAAAUAAUCCCAUUUGAAAAACAAUUCAUAGCAGGAAAGAAUCUUUGUUAAAAUUUUGAUUUUAGAAUAUGAAAAAUAGAGAGAAAAUCAUAUGUUAAAAUUGGC